CAAACGAAAACAGAGCAGCCAAUCUCGAUCCACUAACUCAAAUCAUCAAAAGCUUAAUUUUUUAAUCUUUUUGUUACAUCAGCAGCUUCUGUUCUUCUCGUGGUCUGAAACAGUAUAAAUAAAGGGCAAGAAGAGGGAGCUUCUAAUCAAAAUCUCUCCUUUGAAGCAUUCCGUCGAACACUUUCCUAACUCAAAAGAAAAACGAAAUCCAAGAGAUGGGUCUUAUCCGAUUCGCGAUUCCAAAUGCGACAAAGCAAAUAUCGAGGUUGAACUCGUUCGUGAACAGAAACAAGUCAUCAUCAUCAUCAUCAUCGGAUCAUGUCCCAAAGGGGCAUGUGGCAGUGUAUGUCGGAGAAAAGGUGGAGAAGAAGAGAUUCGUGGUACCGAUAUCGUACCUGAAUCAUCCUUCGUUCAGAGAAUUCCUCAACAGAGCCGAAGAAGAGUUCGGAUUCGAUCAUCCGACGGGUGGUUUGACCAUCCCUUGCAGAGAAGAAGCCUUUCUUGAUCUCAUCGCUUCUCCUUUGCAUUGAAAAUUGACUCUUGAGAAGAACAAUUUAGGGUUUCUUUCUUCUUUUUGUUUGUUCCUACUUCUGUGUCUUUUUAAUUACGGGGUCUGGUGGACAAUGUAUAGUGUAGUUUAGGCAUAAAUUCCAGUUAUGUGGUAUGAAGAAGAUCAUGACUUUCUUCAGAAUGUACCAUUUUGAUCUCUUUCUUUGUUUUUCCAUGGAGAAAUAUA